AUGGCUGGUUGCGUUGCGGAGAUACCUUUCAAAGCUCAACAUUCAGGAAUUAAAGUUCACCCUUGCAAUUACAACGAUGAUGGUAACCCUCAGCUUUGUGGCUCGGCGCCGGCCAACCAGCAUGAGAGCGGCGUCACCAGAUUCAUUGUCAUCGUAGCUUUCCUGCUGGUGUCGACACUCACGGUUAGCGCCAUUACCUUCAGCCUUAUCUGGUUCAGCCUCAGACAACAAACCCCUACUCUUUCGCUCGACUCGCUAUCUACACCUAAAUUUGAUACCUCCGACAAUUAUACGUUGACGGCCAUAUAUGAUAUCGGCUUCACCUAUAAUCGUGCAAAUUGUCCAUGGAAAAUUUACUUUGAGGAGAUUGAGGUCAGUGUUUUCUACAAAAGCUAUAUUCUAGCGAGGGAGACGGUGCAGGAGCUUCUCUGGUUGGGCAUGGAGAGGGAAAAGUCUGUGAAUGCUAUGAUCGAGGACGGAACUCAGUGGUUCUCGGGGGACCCGGAAUCGCAAGAGAUUAGGCGGGAUAGGGAGAAGGGAAUGAUGAGCUUCAAUGUCUCUGUGAGAGCGACGGUAAUAUACGAGGGUUUAUGGUGGAAAGAUAAUAGAGUAUUGGUGCACUCUUGUUCGGAUCUACAGAUUGCCUUUUCCAAUACCAGCGCCACCGGCACCGGAAGCUUGAUAGGUGAUGUGCCAAGGAAUUGCUACUGA